UAUGCGUGUUUUGUAUGUGAGAUUUUUCUUGAUGGUGAACGAAAAAAAACCAAUAGAACAAACCAAAACGAAGAGUUUCUAUGUGUGUUUUAAUGGUAAUAGACUCUAACCAGCAGCAGCAGCAAAAAAGCAGUACAAGACAAAAAAACAAGGCAGGCUGCCUCUUUUUUAACCAUUGCCAUUGCCUAUGCUUAUUUCUAUGCCUAUCGACAUAAUAUAACAACGAAGAGAAUAACCGUUUGGAUAAAAAAUAUAUUUUUUGUUCUCUUUGUCGUCGAAAUCAAAUAUUCGUAUUCGUGUCGUUUUCGUUGUCGUUGCUGUUUAUAUUAUCUUGUGAUUCCGAUUGUUCAUCGGAUAUUACAAACCAAGAAAACCUUCAACGUCAACGGAAGAAAAUUCCAGACUGUAAUAAUUAUCAAUCGCCAUCAGUUUGCAGAAUCAGAUCUCCGUUGUCAUUCAAUCAAUUUUUGUCACCAUCACAUCAUCAAUUUCGUGUCAUUUUUUCAUUUCAUCACUCUAAUUGAUAAUGGGAAAAGAUAAUAAACCUCGUGGUCGCAUGUCGGCCUAUGCUUAUUUUGUGCAAACUUGCCGUGAAGAACAUAAACAAAAACAUCCAAAUGAGAACGUAGUGUUUGCAGAAUUUUCGAAAAAGUGUUCUGAACGUUGGAAGCAUAUGAGCGAUAAAGAAAAAAAUCGUUUCCAUGUAAUGGCCGAAAAGGACAAAAAACGUUAUGAAGGUGAAAUGACUCGUUACAAGGCUACCAAUAAAGGUGCCGAUAAAGGCCGCAGGAAGAAGCGCGCCAAGGAUCCUGAUGCACCAAAACGAUCAUUAUCGGCAUUCUUCUGGUUCUGUAAUGAUGAACGAUCGAAAGUAAAGGCACAAAAUCCGGAAGCUACCGUUGGUGAAGUAGCCAAAGAAUUGGGCCGUCGUUGGAAUGCAUGUACUGAAGAUCAAAAAGCUAAAUAUGAAGCAUUGGCACUCAAAGAUAAGGCUCGAUAUGAAAAGGAAAUGAAAGCCUAUAAAGGCGGAAAAGGUGGUGGCGGUAAAAGCACUGGAAAAGGUGGUUCAUCCAAAUCGAAAAAAGAAUCAUCCGAAGAAGAAGAAGAAGAAGAGGAGGAAGAGGAAGAAGAAGAGGAGGAGGAUGAAGAUAGCGAUUAGAUUAAUUAUAAACAUAAAUCGAAGAAUUGUAUCGCUUCAGACCAUCAUCCAUCUCAAGAUUCUCAUUUUACACAUCCACCACUCUUUAUCCAUAAAUUUAUCAUUUCAAUUCAAAACCACACAAAUUGUCAUUCAAAACAUUCAAAUAAUUGAAAACAACAUCAUACAC